AUGGGUGUGAUGACCGUCGGUCUAGUCAUCACGAUUCUCCUUCUUUCUCAUCAAAUUUCUUCCUCGAUUCAACAAAGCGAUCAAUUGGAUCAAUUCACGAAUGAAACCCAACAAGAACUCGUCGAGGCCCGAGGAAAAAUCAGCGGACUCGAAAGGGAAAUCGCAAGAAAGCGGAACGAAACGAAGGACAAAGACGUCGAGAUGAGUCGAUUGACAGCAAAAAUGGCUCAAAUCGAGGCGGAUUUAAUGGGGAAAAACGCAAAGUUGGACGCUGAUUUGGUUGAUGGAAGGGAGAGCAAUCGAGAAUUGGAAAGGAAAGUCGCCGAGACGAAAAUGAAGAACGACGAUCUCGAAACCCAACUAAGAACUCAAAAAACGGAAGUGAGAGACGGAAAAGCCAAGAUUGGAGAGCUCGAAGGGAAAAUCACCGCGUUGCAGAGCAAGAACUCUGACCUCGAAACCCAAAUACAACUUGAACAGGAAAACAAAACGGCCGAAAUGGUGAAGUUGCAGGCAGAUUUAAAUCGAACCAUGGAUCUCUUGGAUCUGUGUCGGAAUCGAUGGUCGUAUUUGGCAAAAACCGCUUCUUGGUACAAGGUUUUUUUCUCUCAAUGGAUGGUAUUUGAUGAAGCCGAGGCAUAUUGUGCGAGGCGAAAGAGCCAUCUAGUUUCAAUUCACAGUCAGGAGGAGAACGAUUUUGUUCAGAAACUCGCAGAAAAUGUUGAUCUGGAUGAGGGAUGGGCGUUCUGGAUCGGACUGAAGAGAAAUCCGAAGAAAGGGAAUGCUUUUGAAUGGACGGAUGGAAGUUCGGUGAAUUUCACGAAUUGGAGAUCGGGACACCCGGAUUCGAACACCCACGCUGCGCCUUGGAGCCCCGAUGGGAAAUGGUGCAGCUAUCCUCCUAUAAACGAGAAUGGAAAAGCGUUGGAUUGUCAAUUCUAUGACGUCUUCUGUAAGGGGAAUGAGUUGCCAAAAGAAGAGAGCGAUACUACGGACGGUGGAAAAAGAGAG